CAGGGACAGCUUGUUCCAAAGCUUCCGCCAGAGUUGCUCCAUCUUACAGCUUCUUGGUGGGACUGGGAACUCUGGUACAGUUUGGUUGCAAAUCUCGUCCUGUGCAUUUCUCAUCGUCAUGCAGAUCCUAGUGACCUUUCUUUGCCUCCUUCUCAUAACUACAGGCAGCUCCCUGGACUGUGAAGUUUGCUCUGCCCUUGGAUCCACCUGUGCCGGCAGCUGGCAGAUCUGUGAGGACGGGCAGGACACCUGUGUCAUCAAUCGGGCUGAAAAUUCACUAGCUGGGUACCCCGUUCUCACAGUCUAUAAAGGAUGUGCAUCAUCCGACAUCUGUGAUCAAGGACCACAGUAUGUGCAUUUGGGGGAGGGAAGAGAAAUACGAUCCAUCACCGCUUGUUGUGUGGGAGAUGCCUGCCGAACUACAGAUCCUCUGUUGCCUCCGGCUUUUGUUGAACCCAAUGGGAAGCGAUGCCCAGCUUGCUAUGCUGUGUCACCCAACACCUGCAAUCCUAAGAAGAUCGUCAAGUGUGUUGGACCAGAAGAACACUGUCUUGACCUGGCUAUGACGAUCACUCAUGGAUCUCUCGUGAUCAAUGCGGCUCAAAAGGGCUGCGCCACCAAGCUGGCAUGUGACCAAACAGCAAGAGGUGAUAUUGACACAUCAAGGUUCCAAGUGCACAUCACAAAGGCCGCAUGCCAAGCAGCCCCAGCCGCAGACUGAAUGGCAGUUUGGUCCGCAGCGAAGUAUCCCUGAGUUUCUGCAGGAAAUGAUCCUCCUUUGAUUUACUUUGGUUCUCCCAUAGAAUCUGCACCGUGCCCCCUUCUGCUUGCCAGUAACCCCCCCCCAAACCCAUUUGGGCCUCCCUGCUGUGUCCUUUGCAUGGAAUCCAUAAAAAAAUAACUACUGUAAAGAUAAUGGAAAAGUUCUCCUUCAUUCCAUGGGGCUGAUUUCAAAGGGAAGCUCUUCACUUCCAUUGCUGUCUACCCUGGUGGCCUCGAAAGAUGUAUAAAAGAAAGCUAUGAACUUAAAUGUAUCCAGGAAGUUUGAGGGGAUGGAUUACAAAGGAUAUUACAAAGGAUGUGUGGGUGAGAUUUUUUUUGUUUUGUUUUUAUUUUUCAUAAGAACUUAACAAAAUGUUGGGGAUAGACUGGAGAUUCCAUGGGCAGGACCUCUUCAUGUAGACCAGGGGUCUCAAAC